CUUGCAGGGUCUUCAAAGUGUGCACUUUCUGUUCUGCUGAGCAUAUACAGAGGGAAACGGCUUAGGCUUUUGGUCCCAAAAUGUCACCUGAAGAAGGUUUUAUGUGGAGGAGGAAAGUGAAACCCAAUCUUAAGCCAGUUGAAACAACUAGCAGAUUAGACAAGACACAGAAAGAUGAAGGAAGCAGUGCGGCAGUGGCCGAGGGAGAGCCCUUGAGUCCAUCAGCUCAGAUGUUCCAUGAACCAAACUUCAAUGUGUACAUCAUAGUCAUCAUGGGCUGCAAAACUCCGGUCGACCUCCCUGUCAUCAAGUCUAAUCUCGUCCACGCUCUGCUCAAACAUCCCCGCUUCUCCAGUCUGCAGGUUGAGGAUGAAAAGGAGAAGGGGAAGUUUAGAUGGGUUCAAACAAAUGUGGAUUUGGAAAACCACAUUAUAGUUCCGGAGAUUGGACCGGGAAUGGACUCACCUGACCGGUUCGUCGAGGAUUACGUCUCCGAUCUCAGCAAAACCACCAUAAGCAAGACACAGCCACUGUGGGACAUCCACAUCCUCAAUGUCAAAACCUCCGAUGCCGAGGCAGUCGGAGUUUUCAGGAUCCACCACUCGCUUGGAGAUGGGACUUCUCUCUUGUCCUUAUUGCUCGCUUGUACCCGUCAAAUCUCCGACCCAGAGGCCUUGCCUACGAUCCCGGUGAAGAAGAGUAGGGAAAAGAAAGACCAGAGAGAUUAUGGCAGGAUCUGGGGGUGGUUGCUAGGUAUAUGCUGGUUCUUGGCGCUGAUGUGGAAUACUGUGGUUGACAUGAUCAUGUUCGCGGCAACCGUGCUGUUCUUGAAGGACGGCGAGAGUCCUAUUAAGGGCCCACCAGGCGUUGAACUUAUGCCUCGACGGUUUGUGUACAGGACUGUGAGUUUAGAGGAUAUGAAGAUGGUGAAGAAUGCUUUGAAUGCCACGGUGAAUGAUGUCGCGUUGGGGGUUACUCAGGCAGGUUUAUCCCGAUAUCUCAACUGGAGAUAUGCUGAGACCAAGAAUAGGCAUGGAGCAACCGAGUUCGGAAACAACCUUCCAAAGAAUAUUCGCCUGAGGUCGACUCUCCUCAUUAAUUUGAGGCCAUCCGUCGGAAUCCAGGCUUUAGCUGCUAUGAUGGAGGAGGACACCAAAGUCAAGUGGGGAAAUAGGAUUGGCUAUGUCCUCCUCCCCAUUACCAUUGCAUUGCACAGCAAUCCUUUGGAUUAUGUCCGUGAAGCUAAGGCCACCAUCGAUAGGAAGAAGCACUCUCUUGAAGCUAUAUUUACCAACUCCAUUGCCGAAGUAGUUCUCAAGCUCUUCGGCAUUAAGGCAGCGAGCGCGCUCUCUCACAGAGUUAUUACUCGUACAACAAUGUGCUUCUCGAAUCUAGUCGGACCUCUGGAGGAAAUAGGCUUCUAUGGACAUCCAUUGGCUUACCUAGCGCCGGGUUGUUAUGGUCAACCACACGGCUUGAUGGUGAACUUCCAAAGUUAUGUGAACAAGAUGACUUUCGUAGUAUCGGCCGAUGAAGGCACUAUACCCGAUCCUCAUCGGCUGUGCGACGACAUCGUCAAAGCGCUCGAGCUUACCAAGGAUGCUGUGUUAGAAAGGGGGCAAGGCAGGGGAACAACAGCGCUGUAGUCCCGAACAUCAUCCUUGACGAGAUUUCCGCAUCACGCCUGUCAGCAAUGUGUAAUAACUGACAACGAGGGACUAGUUCUUAUCUUAUCUGGCAGCCUUAUCCUUUUCAGCAACAGGGAAGGCAUUAGAACAGGGUCAUCAGUGAACGAGCUAAAGAAGAAAAUUCUAAAAUUAGCAUGCUUUUCGGUUUCUAGAUGUUAGUUGUUCGGGUCAAACUGUGAUUGAGUAAUGCCAAAUAUAGAGAGUUUGUUUCCCUCCAA